UCUUCUCCCUCCUCGAAAAACCCUGAGCAGCCAAAAACCUCGCUCGGCAACGACGGGGAACCUUCGGGCUCGAGAACUCGUCGGCGGCUCGUGAUUCGACCGCGUCGAAGCUAUGCAGGCCGCCUCCAGAGCUCGCAGGCUCUGCCGCAUUCUCAAACCUCCGGUUCAUCUCGGCUCGGCUGGAUUCAUCCCUCCGAAUGACUACCGAGUCGUGGAAUGUGCCCAGAUUUGCGCGCAAGCAUGUCGAAGUCAGAGCUCCUCCUUCUCCUCUACUGCUCACUCCCUCGGUUUCGCAGGGCCCGAUCAUGGCGGUAGAUUGCGUGCAGCCCCUUAUUCAAUAAUUUCGAGUUCGCCAUAUUCUUCUGAAGCAAGUGCUGAAAAGGAGGAACCCACAGAGACCGUGAAGGAGAUGCAUGAUAAAAUUCUUGAAUCCGUUAAUACGAAAAGAACAAUGGCUCCAAACGCAUGGACAUGGUCGAUGAUUGAAAAUUGCAAAAACAGAGAGGAUAUUAAGCUUCUCUUUGAUGUCUUGCAGAACCUACGCAGAUUUAGGUUGUCGAAUCUUCGAAUUCAUGAGAAUUUUAACUGCAACCUUUGUCGGGAAGUCACAAAAGCAUGUGUGCGGGCAAGGGCUCUUGACUUUGGGAAGAAGGCCUUGUGGAAGCAUAAUGUCUAUGGAUUGACCCCUACAAUUGGCUCUGCAAACCAUUUAUUGCAAUAUGCUAAAGAGCACAAAGAUGCUACCCUCAUGCAGGAAGUUAUGAGGCUUUUGAAGAAGAAUAACUUGCCGUUGCAACCCAGCACGGCCGAUAUUGUUUUCAGCAUUUGUUAUGAUACAGACAACUGGGGGUUGCUCACAAAGUACUCGACUAGAUUUAUCAAGGAUGGAGUGAAAUUGCAUAGAGCUGCAUUUGAUAUCUGGAUGGAUUUUGCAGCAAAAGUAGGAGACGUUGAAUCCCUAUGGAAAAUUGAGAAGUUAAGAUCUGAGUCCAUGAAGCAGCACACCGUGGGCAGUGGGUUCUCAUGUGCGAAGGGAUUUCUACUUGAAGGCAAACCUGAGGAGGCUGCUACAGUCAUUCAAGUCUUGAAUCAGAGUUUACCUGAUGCGAAGAGGUCCAGCAUUAUGGUUGAACUUCAAAAGCUUGUCAGCGAGUGGCCUUUCGAGGUUAUCAAACGGAAGAAAGAAGAUGAACGCAAGGCUUUGGCUGCUGCUCUCAAGUCUGAUAUCCCCGCCAUGGUUAGUUCCUUAUUAAACACAGGCUUGGAGGUGAAAGUUAAUAUGGAAGAACUAACCAUCGAAGGCGCCCUAUGUUAGAGCAUAACAGAAUUGGAGAUUGAAUGCAGUAGCUGCAGAUCCGUCUCCUAUGUGGACCGUUAAGGUUGCCAUGUUGGUCUCGGCCAAUUUCACUGCGAAGCAAGAGUAAGUGCGGCAAUCACAUCUCGAGCAACAAGCAUCUGAAGUUCUCUUGUGAAGGUCCCUGGGCCAUUAGAAGAUCUGCUUCCUCUUGAUUUGAAUGUUAUCUAUCAUUCCUGUACUUUCAGAUGAUGAUUUCGCUUCUUUCCCCAAAAAUCUAAGUUUAUUGGAGAGCAUUUGUGCGUCAUCAACAAUUGAAUUCUGAGAAGAAUCCUCAGAUUACUAGCUUUUGCAGAGAGGAUCUUUUGGCACCCGGAUUUUUAGAUGAACCAAAUGGCAGUUCAGAGACGAGACAAUAAAUAAGGUGGUCCUUGCAUUU